AUGCAAGAGUUUGUUUUCAAAAUGACUGCCUACAGUCAUGCUGACCGUGUUAAGUGUAAUGAUUUCCUAAAAUACUCUAGGAUCCAAAAGAUAAUCCGUAGGGGAGAUGAUCUUUUUGACAUGUUACCUGAGGAGUACUCGUUUAAGGAACUGAUCAAGAAGAUGAGACCAAUUCCUGCUUCAGCAUCGGUGGUUCAUCUUCCUUCUUCCUUGGUGGAAAAUGCCGAAAAGUUUAAAUUUCUUCUACCUGGAGGUUGUAACCACUUAGCUGAGUGA